ACUAUAAAAGGGGGAAGAACCCGCCAUUAAAAGGGGGGGGGGGGGGAAACAAUUGAUUACACACCUAAUUAAGAAUAUUAUUGUGAGAUUAUAUUUUCCUAAUUCUUAUUCCGUUCUUGGUCCGCCAUCUGAUCGGGUUAAUCCCAUCAUUGGUGCUUCCAUUGAGAGAUACUGUGAGACGAAAUUGUGAGAUUAUGGCUGGACGAAGGACUAGACGUAACACCGCCGCUUCCGCCCAGUCAACGGUGAGGAGCGACCAGCCUGAACAAGGCAUGGUUGUUCCAGUCAAUGGGCUGGAAACGGCGUUGAAUAAUGUGGCUAACAUGAUGGCCAACAUUAUGGAACGCUUGGAUCGGGCUCUGCCUGGUACCCAGAAUGUCCCUGCCGGGCAGCCCCGCCAGGUCCUGCGUACUGCUAGUUCUCCCAUCCUCAAGGAGCUUCACGAUCCGGAGGAGGUCGAGAGGGAGCGACAGGCUAUCUCUAGGCGCCGGGCGGAAGAGUUGGCCCGAAAUAAUAGGGCGAAUGGGGAUCGAACCAGGGCCGUGAGUCAAAUCUUAGGCAACAGAAACGGAGACCCGCGGGGAACAGUUUUUGAAAGGAUAUCUCACCAGAGGGCUCACGUUAGUGAGAGGCUGGGGAAGAAUCCGGACAAGGCACCCCAGGGCUGGGUACGACCCCAGACCAGCCAAGUGGCAUCCUCUAACCGUGAACCUCGGCAGCAAACCGGCCGGGGUGGGAGCCAAGCGCCAAUGCGGCCAUUGGUGGUCUUGGACGAGGAGGGGGUUCAAAGUCAUGCUAGGGUCCUAGCGGCGCAGCGUCUGGGGCCACAAGUGCUGGAAGCUGGCGAGUUCCAGGAUUUGAGACAACAGAUCCAGGAGAUGCAGAGGAAAAUAAACAGGGGACGAGUGUUCACUACUCGGACGAAUACUCCGCUCGCCCCUGAGAUCUUUGCAGAGCCGUAUCCUCAAGGAUUCAAAGUGCCGUUUGUCAAGCGUUAUGAUGGGGAAUGGGAUCCCCAGGAACACAUAAAUAGCUAUGUGCAGGUGAUGAUCGUCGUUGAUGCCAGCGACGCGUAGAUGUGCCGAUGUUUCUUGCAGACGGUUGAUAGCAAGGUUGCAUAUGGGGUGAAUCACAUUCUGGCUGGAUCGAUCCUGUAACGCCCCAAAACAUACCCUAGAAUUAUUAAUAAAUAAACAUUCGAUUAAUCAAAUUUGUUUUGAUUAAAAUAAAUUGUUGUUGGGCUU